AUGGUCAAAAUACGAAACCCCACUUGUGAAGAACACAGAAGCCUCGUAUUUCUACGAUCAAAAAUCCUCCGCAACACUCGACUCCAACGAAAACGAAGUCCCCCCGAUGAACCGACCCGAUCGGUUUCCAAGAAAGAUAAGAAAAGGGAGGAAAAAAGAUCUAAGAAAGAACAAAAGGAAAGAGAGAAAGAAUUAAAACAACUCGAGAAAGAGAAGAGAAAAUCUUUGAAAAGUUCUGGUAAAGAUGUCGUGGGUAGUGUAGACACGAGUGUACCACACGACGCGGUCAAAACUAACGGAGAUCUCAAAACAGGACUUGAUGUCGGAAAAGCCUCGAAUGAACCCCAGGCCAGGUCACUCGCUGUCGACGGCGACAUUAAGAAUGAUAGCGAGGCACCGUUGGAACAGAACGUUGAGUCAAGUGAAGGGCACGAAAAAGUCAGCAGCGAGUUUAAUUUAUCAAUUAGUACAAACGAAGCAUCGGCUCGUGAAAACGUAGAAUUGAUCGGAAACGCAACCUCCGGUGUUGAGCACGAAACUAGCAUCAAAAGUCGCGGAAUUACGAACGAUGGACACGAUGUUGAACAAUCUGAACUCAGUUUCGGAAACGGUGCGGUAAUUGAGGAAACGAUCAAACCUGAAGACGCGGAAUCUACCGAGGAAGCCCCCCCGGAUAGUUUCUCUCAGCCGGUUGUUUGUCCUGCAUUCCCGGAGCCGACCGGGGGGCAGCAUGUCGAAAUCGAAAUAUCUGAAGUCGGUGAGUUAGACGUUGACCCAUCAAGUUCAGACGAAGUCGUGGUCUCCCCCCAAGAUCCCUUCCACGGCCAUCCCGGUGAAGGUGAAAUAGUUGUCUCUACUGUUCAAAUUGUGGAAAGCAGUGUUGACGUGGAUAGUUUUUUCGCUGAGGAUUAUGGGCCACUGGAGCAGGUCGAGAAGGAAGAAGCGCGAAAAAGCGUGCGCUUCCAGGAUGAAACGGAAGAGAUCGGAUGCAGCGAUGGCGAUACGGAAGAUCACGAGCACGCGUCGCUGAACCUCGGGGGUGACUUUACCGAGACGGACGACGAUGAUCAAAAACGAAAACUCGAACCGGCGGUUGAAAUCGUGAGGAAAGAGGAACGACAAACGGUCGAAAGUUGCGUCGAUUUGGACAACGUUUUCGCGCCAUCCAAAAGGCAGUCGGACGAUACCGAAGCAGUUCCGAGCAAAGCCGAAGGAAAUCAUGCAGGUUCGAAGGUAAAUGGUAGCGCAAAAGUCAACGGAAAAGCAGCCGGAAACGGUCGAACGAAUAUGGGGCGUUUUGAGGAGAUAGAUUUGAACGGUUCAAACGAGCAAAAAAAUACGACUGUGGCUAAAAAAGAAAAAAGGAAAAGAAGCAGGCUUAUGCGAUGCUGUUUUCCUUGA